GCAUCGUUGAUCGUCGUCCCCCGAGUCCUGAUCCUGACGGUGAUUUAGUAGCGUUUCCAGCCGUUUUUCCUUCUCCGGCGAAUAGCCAGCACCCAUCCAGGGUGAACAAGGACAAGGCUGGGGGACCGGAUCUCGUUAAAGAAACGCAGGAAACGAUGAACAGAGAAGAAAAUCGUGGCGGUUGAAACAUUGACGAUCAGCGUCGCGUCUUCGAUCAUCGCGCGAUGAUUUAGUGAACGAUUGAGUUUCCAUCGGUUCGGUGUUUUCUUUCCUUUCUAUUUAUUUCAGUUUAUACGUAAGACUUUCUGUCAAGCACGCUGUGAUACCUUAGGAGACACUGAAUGUACCGCCAGAAGGAUUAACCUUCGAUAAACCGCCAAAUAUCUACUCUGCUUGGCCGCUUUAGAAAGACCUAGUGAUCGCGCUUUCCACCUCGUGCUUUCUACGACGAAGUUCGAAAGUUGUGAGCAACGCGUGUCUCGUAAGGUGGUUGAAAGGGUGGGAAUCGUUUUCCGGUGGUGGGACAGAGAAGAGUUACGAUCCGACGAUGAUCCAGUGCAGAUUUAGUGGCUUCCUUCCGCGAUGAAACGCAGAAUCGUGUGAGAAAAGGCAGGAGUUAAGCGGACCAUAAAAUUUAAUUCCAUUGGACUCGUUUUAAGAGAAUGGGAGUUAGGCGAGUAAAACACUUCCAUCUGUUGAUUACUCGAACAUAGUAAACCCACAAAAAAAUAAAAAUAAGGAAAAGCAUGACUGAAAAAUAGUGCUGCAAAAUAGACGGAAGAAAGAUUCGAUAUUGCCGUAUCGAUAAAAAAGUGAAGCUUAUAUUUUGCAAUUUUGUCUCAUAUUUUAUGAGAGUUUAAGAAUUUGAAUGGAUACAAAGAUCAUACACAUCUCAUCGAGGAAAGAAACCUGCAGGAUAUUUAUGUCUUGAAAGAUUUCUUGAGGUAUUUCUCAGUAUUUCUACGAGAUAAAUAAUUGUCUCUUUCGAAAUUUAUCGUAGAAAUAUUAAUGAUAUUAGUCGAAUAUCGUUUUCAAAAACACAUAUAAAUCACGUUUCUGCAUUCUUAUUAAACCACGAACAAACAGUUUUCUUCCACCUUCGUAGAUUUUAUACAAAGGAAUAAAUUGAUGUCAAAUAUCAAAAUUCCUUUCUAAAAUCUUCAAGUUAUUAAAUUAAACUAUUAAAUUAAGAUAUAAGAGUACUAUGGAACCAAGUGUGAAACAAAAAUAUGUACAGAAUAUUCAUACGUAUAAUGAAUAAAUAAAUAUAGUGGGCAUAAACAGUGCGAAGCGAUAAAUAAUGCAGAUCCAAUCGAUGCAAAUAAACAGCAUCUGGAAAUUCGGAAUGAACAUGCAAAAUUGGAGCAAUCGAUCGCUAUUGCGAAAUGACCCUGGUUUAUUUGAUUAUAUUAUAAUGUAACGAAAUUCCUGUGCAAUUUAAUCUACGAUAAAUCGCUAAAUGAGAUCGACGUGUCUAAGUAUUAACUAAGUAAGUAGCUUUAGAAAGCUAGUUAAUAAUUAAAAAAAGACGAACUUUCAUUGUAAUACUCGUGAGGAAAAUUUUCAUACUGUAAGUAAAUACAACAAAAUUCCUAUAAAAACAUUUAAUGGACACAACUCUGUUGAAUCAAAUUUGAAAAAAGAAAAGUUAUAUUCGUGAGAAAGGAAUCGUAGAAAUAAUCGAGAUAACAUUCGCAUGAGUUAUUGAUGAAUUAGCUUGGCUCUCAAUGAAACUUUUGCCUCGACCAAACACGAUAUGACAUCUGAGUUGUUCUUUCGCAGAAAAUACAUGUUCAAUCUGUGGAAACAGCGCGCUGCAAUGUAAUUAGAAUCAUUUACCAGCAUACAGACGAGAACGGUGUGCAUCCAUUAAAAAUAUCAGACAGAAGAUACGUUUCAAAGCGGGUCCAGACGAGCGACUGUGGAAAACAUUCGAGGUGCCGUUCACAUUUCUUUGAAAAUUUAUGACAUACAGACUACUUCGUUGUAUGAUAAAUUUCAACGGAGUUUCGAAGAGAGAAAAUGGUACAAGAGACACGCAAAUACAUUGGUCGUUAAAAGAAAAAAUAGAAGAAGAUGCUGUGAUAACAAAUCCGAAGAGGCAGGAAGGAACGCAAAAUGCCCCAAGGAAGCAUUCACUGGCAAGGGACGCAGAGAAGAGCCUGCGGUCCAGGAGCUCACUGGAAUGUCCAGGAUACUUCGCAGAUCAACUGUCCGUGGCACAAGAAAUCAGAGGUAAUCUAACGAUAAGAGUGAAGAAUGAAUCACGUGGGUUCCAUCUAAAUAACCUCAGUUAUGCUGGUCCGAUCGUAAUGGGAGUAGGAGGUUUUAUCGUAGUAGCAGCCUGUGUAAUGACCUUCGAGGCUCGUGAUAACGCUGCCAAAGUGGUGCCGGCUCGUUUUCGCUUUAAUCAAACGUCGACAAUAAAAAACACAAGAAAUCAACGGAAUCGUAGGUCUACAUCUAGUCAAACAACCAAAUGGGAUCACCAACUCGGCGUGUUCAAAGUAAACAGAAGUCCAAGUCCAAGCAUACACGAAGUCUCUAGGAAACAAUUGACCGCGGAAUUCUUGCAAUUCUCUAAAGAACUGAGCGAGAAACAGACUGGGCACUCGAUUAAGAAAAGCCCCAGUGCACCAACGUUAAUUGAGAAGAAAUCACCUCGUAAAAGAACGCCAAAAUACGCUGGAUGUGCGUUAUUAAAUCCAGAAUUGUUACAGAGGCAUGCUCUUUCUGUUGAUAAUCCAAGCUACAGUCCUCAUCAGGUCAGCAGAGAAAGUUUGGAUCAACAAAAAAUGGGAGGCAGCCAAGUUUCAAUGGCGAUGGAUUUGCAUAUUCCUAAUAAAGGUCCAGUUACGUUGAAAGUUAAAGAUAGAUCGGAUACUGCGAGACGUCAUCAACUGCUUCGACAAACGAAAGUUGAUUAUGUCGAAGAAGUUGAGGAAGCAGUUAAAUCCCCGACGGGUCGUGGUUAUUCGCCUAAGUUAUCAGGUGCCUACAGCAAAUACCCAGACGAUUUUGUACCGAGAAAAAGAAACUCGAUAGAUAUAAGAUUAUUUGAGGAAUUGACCGCGUCGAAAGAUCUUACUAAAAUAUCCCCCAGAGACUUUCGUAAAAUCUCCUCUCCGAGCUUCCAUAAAAUGUCAUUUGACAAAGUUGGAAGCGAACGUAGAAUUGAAAGAAUGAUGGGCCAACGUAAAGCUAGCCUGGAGUUCAGGAAGAGUCCCGAUUUUCGCAGAGGGGAUUAUAGAAAAUUGUCAGUGGACAGAUUCUCCAUUGAUUGCACGAAAUACCUAUCUGACGAGGUGGAAAUGAGGUCAAGGGCAAGCAGUGGUGAAAAUCUAAAACGACAACGACAAGCAAAACUGCACCAUUCUAGGUCGGACGACAAUAAGAGAGCAUCUUUCGAGAAACAGCAGAAAGACGCGCAAUCAAGCAGAUACUCUUUGAACACGCAAGCUGUUAUCGAAAGUGGUGGAUCCGAAUCCGAGUUCAAGUAUUUCACGGCAGCAUCUCUCGACACUGAAGAAAGUCGAGCAGACAAUUCUGACGAUAGCCAUGCGAUCGAUGUCGAUGAACCUAUCGCCGCGAAUGUAUCGUCCGAUGGACCGACUGAAGUUGAUGCCUUACUUGAGGAACCUGAAUUAGAAAAUGUCCCGGAGAUAGAGGUAGAAACGCCGAGGGAUGAAUUGGACGAGACUGAAACACGCAAUGAAGUUUCAUUAAUAACCGAAAAUUUGAUAUGUAACAAUCAAGUAUCGAAGAAACAAGAACAGAAAAAGAAUAUUCGUAGCGAUGAUGCGAUAUUGCAUGAUUUUGUAAAAAGCAAAGGAACUACUUUGUAUAUAGAGGAUGAUGAAGUUUGAAGAAACGAUACUCUCAAUUAAUGGACUAAUUACCUACAAAAAAAUAAUUGGAUUAAGAGAUUUAAGAGAUAUACGAUUACUUCGAAUGAUUGAAAGAAGAAAAACUUCGCAACAGGUAAAAAUAAGAAAUGUAAAGGCUGAUUGUGAACAAAUUUACACGAAUGAAUUCCCAAGUUUUGAGUGAGAAUAGGUUCGCAUUUUCCACGUUAGAUACACGUUUAGUAGGAUAUUGUGAAAUUGUUUGUUGUAAAAGGUUGAUACAAUCACUUGUUAUUUGAUAACGUAUCCCUUAGAAAGGUAAAUAUUCAUAACAUUGGAUAUGUAAGUUUAAUGGAACAUUGCGCGAGUUAGUAAAAUUACAGCCACGUUUAGGCAAGAUAGACUUACAAGUCUAGAUAUAGUUUUACGUGCAAGUUUGUUACGAUCCUAUUUUUACUUGUAAUUUAGACAAAAUUUGAAUCAGGAACAAGCGUACUGACUAUUAAAAUUAGAAUAAUUGCUUUUUAAAAAAUAAAUAUUUUGCCUAAUAUUAACGAACUCACUCCGAAUCUUACGUUGUUUCACUGUAUCUUAUUUUAUGAUUCAUUAUAUAAUUAAAUAUUCUAUCUUUCAAUUUCGAACUACAAUAUACAGUAACGUAAUGUGUGCUCAAUGAUCUCAAAACAUAGUACAAGUGAAGCUAAUGUAGCUUUUCACAAAUUGCGUUUUGUUGCAAGACAAUCAUUUUCAAAAGAACAUUAUUUUCUUGACGAAAGAAACAUGAUAAACAUAAAAGCUUUCCGCGAUGAUGACAAAUAAUAUGCCCUCUUAUGUGAUCGAUCGAUCUGUACGAAAUUAACGUUUACCUAUAACGAAGGUACAUAAAAGUUAUGUUGAAAUUACGAUACAUAUUUCUACCGAGAAUAAUCAUACAAAUCUUUUACGCUAUAUUCUUUUUACAUUAUACAAUUUUCUCAAUGUUUAUGAUACGAAAAAUAAAGCGAAAAAACAAUGACAGUUGCAAAACGAAAAUGUUGAAAAUUAUUCACGUGAUUUCAUAUUUGGCAAUGUAUAAAAAGCCUUUCAAGUCGCUUUAAAAGUAUUUAACGUAAAUACAUACAUGCAUUUAAAAUAUUUCGAAAAAAUUGUUGAUAUGUAUUUGUAGCGAAAUUUUACUAAAAAUGUAUUUUCCAAUUUUUAACACAUAUGAUAAAUCGUAUUACCAUUCCUCAAUCUAUAUUAGCUAUUAAAUGACUGCUACAAAAAAAAUUGAAAGAAUACAUAUAUAUAUAAGAGAAUGCGUUGGCAUUUCAAACAACGUAUUUCUUAAAUUGAAACGAUAAACGGUAUAUUAAAUAAUAUAAAGGAAAAAUCAAUGUAUUUAUGACAUUUAUAUAUGACACGGGUUUGUCAUAUCGUCUCAAACUCGUUUAAAUACGUAUGACGUACAAUGUUAUAUUUACACAGUGUUGAGCUGUCCCUUGUAACACAUUUGUGAAAGUGCAGUAAUUCGAAAAGAAUUAACUGCCAAAAUCUUUCUUGUUCUAUUGUUAAACGUUUCACGAGUUGAGGCCUAUUUCAUUAUAUCUGCAUAAAAUAUCAAAAUCGUUCUUAAAUUUCAUGAAAAAAUACUUUUCCUUAGAUGAUAUAAGAAGAACGAAGGAAUUAAAUGAAUUUUGUAGGUAUACUCGAAUCGAGUGUAAAAGAAAAGAAAUGUAGCAAAAAUGACAAUCCAUUGACGUCGAGUGAUAUACCGUAUAUAUGUUGUUUUUUAAAAACAGAGGCUUAGCCAAAUGAAUAUAAAAAUCUAUUUUUAUAUCUCUCGUACGAUGAUAUGGUGACAUUGAUAAAACACAAUUGAACAUAUUAAGUCAGCAUAUAAUAAAAAACAGCGUUCUGUAGUUUAAUUUAUUUUUAGUACGAAUAAUAUACAUAUGAAAUCAGUAAAACAGCAUUUGUACGUGCAGAGAAAUUUCUUCGUUUAUUUUUAUUCGAUAUUUUGCACUAAAAAUUGGUGAUAAAACUGUUGAGAAACAUUUUCUAGGUAAACGGAAUAAAACGAGAAGAAACGAAUUGAGUUUGUUCAGAAAACAAAAAGUUGUUUAUUAUUCGAAUUUGAAUGGACCAAUGGUUAAAGAAAUAUACAUAUAAAAAUGAUAAAUCUCCGGUAAUAUUUGGAAUAUUAUUUCUCUGGGCUAAUAUGUCCUACCCAGUGUACUUACUUAGGGAAAUCUUUGUUAAAUAUUUUGUGUAUAUACGUUAAAAGCUAAAAUUUAUUAAAAUUUUUAAUUGUGUACAUGUUACAAAACUGAAAUAUUGUUGAACAUUUUUUCGUGUAAUAAAAUAAUUUUUUUUAACUUUUAUGAAUAAAAUUAUUAGAAGCAUAACUUUGAAGGAACAAAAUAUUUAUAUCGUUUUUUUAAAUUUACAUAAUAAGAAAUUUUAACUUUUGAAGUAUAAUUUCAUAUACACGAUUAGGUGCAGUGAAAUUUCAAAAUGAUGCAUUCAAUACUGGCGUUGCUCUGUUAAUUAUUCAUACUGAUAACAUGUAAAUAUACGAAAUACAUAGUUAACAAUUAACAAUAAAAACAUAAUCAAGCUGUGAUGAAAUUGUAAGUAAAUAAGGGUUAAUAACAAUAGGAAGGAUUGCUUGGUAUUAUCGUUAGUGUUGCAAAUUCGGUGCAAGAUUUCAAGAUAUACAAUUGAACUCAAGAAAAGCGGAUUGUAUUAUUAACGACUUAAAGAUACUCAUGGAAUACAUGAUUAAUGUCAAUUUAUAUAUGUCGGAGUAAAAUCGGAAGUAUGGGUGUUUGAUGAACCUUCACUAGAAUUUGCCAUUGUGGGUACAGCCGGUGUCGAUGGUUACAAGUGUCUCGGUUGCAAUAGAUUACAAGUAUUCGCGGCGAUCGGAUGGUCGAGAUAUAGAUGACAAUGGGUUCAGGUUCGGUAACGUGUCCUCGACCAACGGGACGGCGAAAUAAACGUGAUACACAAUUCUGGUUUUACUCAACGUAAUAGGUAUAAUGCUCUCAGUAAGCUCUCUCCGAUAACUUUCUCUCGAUAAUUCAGUAACUAAUUCAGCAACUCAAUCAGCAACUCGAUCAGCAACUCGACCAGCAACUCGACCAGCAACUCGAUCAGCAACUCGAUCAGCAACUCGACCAGCAACUCGAUCAGCAACUCGACCAGCAACUCGACCAGCAACUGUCUCUUAAUCCAAAUGGAACUACCCUUAUAUAGUCUUCUCCCACCUCUCGGGUCUUUGUUUUAAGGAGAGCUGCAUAAUUAUUUCAUACCUCUGUUAUUACACGUCCGUCCCGUGACCAUGGCUACGUUCGGUGACUCAUUAUGUCACUUCGAGCCCAAGCCCAUCGUCAUAAACCCUGAGUACACAUAAUCGGAUUAGCGUCUUACAACUAUUUCUUAGUUUUAUUGCUUAAGGGUAGCUAUAAUAAAAGUCUGGGCUAGGGUAUUGGGGGUUUUUUCAACCAUUCAAAAAAAAAAAAGGCCCCGAUGUCCUCUCAUCUCCGACAUAUAUUUAUUACUAUGAAAUUUGAAAAUGUGUAGAAAGAUCAAUUUCUUAAAAGUUUAAUAAUAACAUAUUUAGUUCGUUUCUAAUUCAAAACAUUUUGUUUAAAUUAAAGAUUAUUUCUUACAGAAUUAAGAACUACGUAUGAUGAAUACUUAAUCUUUUUUUAUAUUACACGUAACAUUAUUCCUAAAUGUCUGUAUUAAAAUCAAAUGAAGGCAAUAAUUGUGCAAUAUAAACAACUUGUUUAAAAAAUGUAAUUCUUAAAGAAUCAUUAUUUUACGUCCAUGUUGUAGAGCAAUAAAGAAACAUAUCAAAGGAAUCUCCGAUUGACAAUUGAAUGUGCACAAAAUCUGUACUCAAGGGUAUCUUUUGCAGCACUAACAAUGUUCUUUGCUUGACAUAAGCGGUUUUGUUGCAAGCCAAUUGUAUAUUUAGCAAGUAUAUUGAAACAAAUGAAUAUUGUAAGAUUCUGGAUUCAAUGUAAUCUUUGCAUGCUGAUUGUUGUAACGUCUCAAUAAAACAACUUCGAAAACAUAAUUUGUACAUAAAUUAUUACUUAAGAGAUAUAAAAGCGAUUGCAUACUA